AUGUUCCUCCGAACACAGGGCUCCUCUCCCUCCCGGCAACCAACCGCCGACGCCUAUAUAAAGCGUCGCGACGCCUCUUCCACGCCAGAACUCGAACGCAUCGCAAGAGUGUUGGCGGGUUUAGGAUUUAUUACUGCGAAUCUCAGUUUGAAACUGAGCAAUUGGACAGAUUCUUCGGUUAAAAUUCUACCAUCGGGUACAAAAUUCUAUGACGGGAGAAAAAUCGAGCUUCCAAAAUCAGUGAGCGACAGUGAUUGUGUGCCAAUUAGUGUCCAUCGGAUCUCUGAUUGUCUUUGACGACAAAUCGCAUCUCUGCACAGCUGUAAUUAUCGAGGUUCCAGAUGUGGCCCCUUCUCGUCGUUGUGGCUUUGGUCGAUGCCUCGACCUCGAGAACUGAAAGUUUGAAUUUCAAGAACAGCCGCAGCGGGAUUCCUCUGCGCCUGAACGACCUGAACAUGAACUUGAACGAUAUGCUUCGUAAACCGGAAACCGACCCUCUCGACAAAUACGAAUCUGCACUGGCCGCAGUUCCUCUCACCGACGAUGCAAUCGGAGGAAAUGGAAUGCAAUAUCAGGGCGACGAGGAACCUUUCGAUAAAUUGUCAAUAUUUAACGAUUUAAGGGAAAACCAACUGGGCGGAAACGCGGACGACAGGAUUUCGCCAAACGAUGGAGAGGACGACAAUGAACUCGAUCAAUUGUCCGCAUACCUUACGCAACUCCUUCAGGAACCGGGUGGCUGGGAGCCCCCCGUCUUUGUGAUCGAGGAGCCAGCCAUUGAGUGGGAAAGUCCUGGAGUGUUGGACGAUUUGCCCGAUGGACUCGAGGCUCUUCCGACGCCGUGGAAGCGCUCGCGUUACUACAGACGAUAUCCUUGGAAGCGACAGAAUUCCAGGUCUCACUACGUAAACGACAGCUCAAGAUACCUCUGCACUCCGACUCGGGAGGACGUCUUUCAGCUUCUUGUCGCGCUGCACGACGCACGUCAAGGGAACAAGUCCAGAACCGUGAAUUUUUGCAAACGGCGACGUCCCGCCGGAACGGUGUUCACCAACAUCCGCUUCCUCGGGCGCAAGAAAUAAUGAGGACUCGACGCAUUUUCCCGCAUCCUACAGCUUACACUACCGUAUAUACGAACACACAUUGUACUUUCAAUAAUCACUCUCUCGCUGAUACUCCGUGUUGUAAUCUCGAACGCUGCGCCCACGGCUAGUCAAUAAACCGAUUAAACCUA